GCAGGUGUUUGUAGUGUUGCUGUGUCAGUGUGUGUAGGAUCGCUUUCUUUCAUCAGUCAUAAUGUCCGGCAGUAACUCAUACAGACUGCGCUGCUCUCUCGCCGCGCACGAGAUGGAUGUCAGGGGCCUCGCCGCCGCCGCGUAUCCAGACGGAGCGUUUGUGUCCGUGUCCAGAGACCGAACCGCACGGGUCUGGGUACCAAACCCAAGUGAAAACCAGGUCUUUACAGAGAUGCACUGUAUGAAUGGCCACUCAGACUUUGUGUCUUGCGUGUGUAUCAUCGAUCCUAAUGAAACAUACCCCCGAGGACUCAUUGCCACUGGAGGACACGACAACAACAUCUGUGUGUUUUCACUAGACCGACCAGACCCUCUGUUCACCCUCAAGGGUCACAAAAACACAGUCUGCACACUCUCAGCUGGCAAGUUUGGCACAAUACUAAGUGGCUCAUGGGACACAACAGCUAAAGUCUGGCUUGGAGAGAAGUGCAUGAUGACCUUACAGGGACACACCGCUGCUGUAUGGGCCGUAGUCAUUUUGCCAGAGCAGGGCUUAAUGCUGUCUGGAUCAGCUGACAAGACCAUCAAAUUAUGGAAGGCUGGUCACUGUGAGAACACCUACACUGGUCACGAGGACUGUGUGCGAGGACUCGCUGUGAUAAACGAGGUGGAGUUUCUCUCCUGCAGUAAUGACGCCAGCAUUAGACGGUGGAUGGUGACGGGUGAAUGUGUGCAGGUUUACUAUUCUCACACUAACUAUAUCUACAGCCUUGCUGUCUUCCCUAACGGACAAGACUUCAUAAGCACAGGAGAGGACAGGACACUGAGGGUCUGGAGGAAGGGGGAAUGUUCCCAGACUAUCCGUCUUCCUGCCCAGUCGGUGUGGUGCUGCUGCAUUCUGCCUGAUGGAGACAUUGCUGUGGGAGCCAGCGAUGGCGUUAUCCGCGUGUUCACCGAGAGCGAAGAGCGUGUAGCGAGUGCUCAGGACUUACAGGCUUUUGAGGAUGAACUCUCCAAAGCCAUCAUUGACCCCAAGACUGGAGACUUGGGCGACAUCAAGAUAGAGGACUUACCUGGCAGAGAGCACCUGAAUGAACCAGGGAAUCGGGAUGGCCAGACACGGCUCAUAAAGGAAGGUUCUAAUGUUGAAGCGUAUCAGUGGAGCGUGAGUGACGGACGCUGGGUGAAGAUCGGAGAUGUAGUGGGCGGGUCUUCUCAGCAAAAUUCAAAGCGAGUGAUGUAUGAAGGCAAGGAGUAUGACUUCGUCUUCUCUAUCGAUGUGAAUGAGGGAGGUCCUGGCUUGAAGCUGCCUUACAAUGUGACGGAUGACCCCUGGCUGACAGCUCACAACUUCCUGCAGAAGAAUGAGCUGAGCCCCAUGUUCUUGGAUCAGGUGGCUAAUUUCAUCAUCGAGAACAGUAAAGGCCACACUCUAGGCCCAGCCCCCGCCACGUCCACAGACCCCUUCACAGGUGCGGGACGGUACAUUCCGGGUUCAGGAAGCGGCGACCAAGGAUUUGCCGCUGAUCCUUUCACAGGGGCUGGACGAUAUAUACCCGAGUCAGGAGGAUCCACAGGCACAGUGUCUUCAGGGGGAGCUGAUCCUUUUACUGGUGGCAGUGCUUAUUCCUCUUCCUCUCUUCCGAAAGCUACGACAAACAUCUUCUUCCCCAGUACGGAUGGAGUUAUGUUUGAACAGGCGAAUUCAACUCAGAUUCUUGGUAAGCUUCGGGAGCUGAACAACACUGCUCCUGCAGACCGUAAGCUGAGUGACGCAGCACUGGACUGUCUGCAGAAGUUGUUGCUCGUAGUAACAGACCUGAAGAGCCAGGAACAGCCCACGGCAGAGCAGAUCAAUGUUCUGUGGAGGACUAGCCACUGGCCAGAAGACAUUGUCUUCCCAGUGUUGGACAUCCUGCGUUUGGCUGUGCGCCAUCCUGAAGUCAACGCCCAGCUUUGUGGAGGGACUGAAGGUGCCAGUCUUUGCAACCAUCUCCUGGGUCUCAUGUCCCCUGAGAGCAGGCCCGCAAAUCAGAUGCUGGCGCUCCGCAUUCUCUGCAACUGUUUCUCUGGGUCCCAUGGCCGCGCUCUUCUCUUGGGUCACCGUGACACAGUCCUGUCCCGGGCCGGAGACCUCCGCGUCGUCUCCAACAAGAACAUCCACGUGGCGCUGGCUACCCUGGUGCUCAACUACGCUGGAAGGUUGUACGGUCAACCCACUGAGAUCGAGGCGAAGGCACAGUGCUUAUCAGUGGCCAGCACUGCCUUAGAGGUCGUACACGACAAAGAGGCCGUCUUCAGGCUGCUGGUGGCCCUGGGGACCACAGUGGCCGGGGACAGCACCGCAAAGGACCUUGCACGAUCUUUGGGUGUCAACUCUCAGAUUUCUAAAUAUGCCAGGGUCUCUGAUCCGGCUAAAGUGGGCGAGUGCUGCCGACUAGUGCUUGAUGAACUGCAGUGAUGUCAACCAACUUCUUCCAUUACUACUCCUCCAUGAGAAAACCCCUCUUUCAGAUCUCUUAAACGGCAGUCUGUAUAUCAUUAGUUUGUAUUUAAAUUUUCACAUUUCGAUGCUGAAUGGAUCUGAAUGAAUGCAUGAUGUGAAUAAACACUGAUGAUUAAUUGAAAUCUUUCCUAAAGCAAGGCUCGUGUUAUUGAGGAAGAUCAGAGGUUCUCAACCCCCACACGGAUACAAAGAUCAUGUUAGUUAACAUGAAGUCAAAAUGAAACGGCAUUCAUAUCUCAUUUUAUUUCCAUAAUGUACCUAAUUAUUUUCUAAAUGAAACGAAUUGAAAAGUCAUCUUUUACAGGAGGUCAGUGGCGAAGAUUUGGAAAAUAAGACUGAAAGAACAAGCUAUUUAAGAUUCAUUGUGAAGACAUUUUUUUUCAUUCACUUAAACCAGAAAUGUGUUAAUAAAGAGAAUUUUGAUUCCAAGUUGACGUUUAAGGUGAAGGAAAUAUAUUAAGUUUAAGUCUACUACCAGUGAUUGUUCCACAUUUAUCUCUAAAAUAUUAAGCGUCUGUAAUUAAAACAGGUAAAAUCCUACAAGCCAACAGUGCUUUCAAGUCUAACUGUCGUUUUCUGGUAAUAAAACUAAUUUACUAUGCCAUUGCUAUUAAAAUACAUUAAAUGGUCAUAACCCCAAACAUUUCAUGUCUCCACUAUAUUAUUAGCAAAACACACAGAAAAUAAAAACUAAAUAAAUAAUGCUAAAACUAGAGCUCAAAUACAUAUGUCUACAGCAUGGGCAGCUUUUGCCGUUCCUCUUGCCUUUUAGACUCCAAAAAGCUUCUCCAUGUAAACAACUUUAUGAAAAAACACACUAUGAGCUUUGUGCAAGUUUGAGCACUGUGCGUUGUUAGUCUCUUUUGGACCCUAUAGAGUAGCAAACUGGUAGCUUUGUAACAUGCCAUACUUGAAACAAGAAGCAAGCCACCACAUAGCACAUCAUCUGAACUUACAUAAUGUAUUCAAAAACAUUAUGGAAUAUGAUUGAAAGCAUCAGGGUCUGGUACAGCUUUAGUGACCAUGAUUAACUUCAGGUCCCACAGAAGAUGAAAGCUUGAUUUCACUGAUGAUGGAUUUUCACAGCUAUUUUGUGUUAAAGCAAAGGCAAUAGCCUCCGGAGUGCAUUACCCACCCACUUUCUCACCAAACACAUACGUCAAACUCUUGAAAAGGUGCUGCUAGCCUGUUUGUUUAACAUAUACGUGGCUAGAAAUUGCAAUACUUUAGUCUAAAAGUUUAACCUUUAAACCCUAUGAUUCACGUUUGCUUACGCAGAUCUGCAUCCAAGUCACCUUUGUAAAAAUAAACCUUUAAUCUGUAGUAGGGAUGCACCGAGAUUUAAAUUCUUGGCCGGAACUGAAAAUUCUGGAUGCACCUGGCCGAAAACCGAAACUGAAAAUGCUUUUCAAUAAUUA